AUGGAGAUCAAUGCAGCCUACGUCAAGUAUCCUGAGGCGAUUGCAUCAGACAACAUGUACGCGACUGUGGCUCAUAGAGAAACAGAGAGAGAAAAUGUGCCACAGUCAGUCGAAAAACAUGAAAUGCUGAGCUUUAACCCAGCCUAUGGGAAACAUGCUGUAAAAAACACAUCAGAGAAUACGUAUGAGAUGUUGGAUCGAGCGCCACGUCGACAAGAAGCAAAGGAGCAGUCAACAGAGCCACUCGAUCCAAGAGACCAUAACUACCAGGGUACUCCAAAGUCAAUGAAGCUACCUCUAGCUAUUUGUGUAGUAGCUAUAUUGGCACUGUUAGCAUUGGCUACAGCUGUUGCAGCUGUGGCUCUCAUUCUAGUUGUGUCCAACCAGCAAAUCCAAAGCCUCCAGUCAGAGUCUCACCAGCAGACAGACGCCAUACAAGACGAAAUUCGUGUGCUGAGGAUGCAACUGAACCAGACAUCAUCACAAGCAAGUUCCCUGGCACAAACAAAUGCCCAACUACUGAACACAUCUCUUGAACAUCAAAAUUUAAUAACACAACUUUGGAACGUUCUCCUGAGCAGCUCCUUGUUCCCUAUCGCCUCAUGCAGAGAGCUGGCUCUGGAAAGACCUUCAGGAGACUACUGGAUAACAGGUAGUAGCUCUCUUGUUGAAGUUUACUGUGAGAAAAACAAACAGAGCUGCAGCUGCAAUAGCAAUGGAUGGUGGAUGAGAGUAGCUAACCUCGACAUGACUGACCCAAACCAGAAUUGUCCAGCUGAGUUUACAACAGUAACCAGGGAAACACCACCACUACGUACAUGUGGUAGAAUAAGUAAUGGGCAAUCCGGAUGCGUAUCAACUACCUAUCAGACACAUGGUGUAGCGUACACACAGGCUUGUGGUCGGAUCAAGGCUUAUCAGUAUGGAAGUACGACUGCUUUUGUCUUAUACGAUGUAGACAACGAAAAAACUAUUGAUUCACCCUACCUAGAUGGUAUCAGUCUAACUCAUGGACAAUCACCAUGA